AUGGAGGAGACUUACGACGCGAUUGUUUGCGGCACCGGCCUGACGGAGUGCGUCCUUAGUGGGCUGCUCUCCGUCAAUGGCUACAAGGUGCUUCACGUGGACCGCAAUCCGUACUACGGUGGGGAGUCCGCCAGUCUGAACCUGGAGCAGCUGUACAAGAAGUUCAACAAGGGGGCGCCGCCCGCCUCCCUUGGCCGCAGCCACCUCUACAACGUCGACCUCAUCCCCAAGGUCCUCAUGUGCGCCGGGGAGCUGGUGGAGAUUCUUCGCUCCACCGUCAUCGACCGCUACAACAUGGAAUUUAUGCUUAUUGAUAACUCCUUUGUCUUGAAGGAUAACAGAAUUGCGAAGGUGCCUGCAACGGCUACAGAGGCACUCACGUCUCCGCUGAUGGGUUUUUUCGAGAAGCGCAAGGCGGCGAAACUGUUUCAGUUCAUGGGUAACUACGACCCGAAGGAUCCCAGUACACACAAAAAGUACAAUCUUCAGACCAUGACGAUGGCGCAACUCUACAAGGAAUUUGGCAUCGGUAAUGACACCAUUGACUUUGUCGGUCAUGCUGUUGCGCUGCACACAAACGAUGAUUACAUGCAACGCCCGGCGCUUGAUACGGUAAUGCGCUGCAAGCUGUACGAAAAAUCGUUCAACAUGUACGCCACCUCGCCCUACGUGUAUCCCUUGUAUGGCAGUGGUGAGCUGCCGCAGGCCUUCUCCCGUCUUUGUGCCGUGUACGGUGGUACCUAUAUGCUGCAAACCCCGGUGACCAAGGUGCACUUUAACGAACAAGGGGUCUUUGAAUCUAUUGAAAGCGAUGGUAAAAGGGCCUACGCGAAGCUUAUUCUGGGUGACCCUUCCUACUUUCCGGACCGUGUGAAACCCUGCGGGAAGGUGGUUCGCUGCAUCGCCAUUAUGAAUCAUCCUAUUCCAAACCUUAAUUCGGACUGCAAUUCAUGCCAAAUCAUCAUCCCCCAAAAGGAAUUGAAGCGUAAGGAUGACAUGUACAUCUUGCAGCUUGGGGCAAAUAACAAGGUCUGCCCGGAAGGGUAUUACAUCGCCAUCAUAGGCACAGCUGUGGAAAACUUUGCAAACCCAGAACGGGACAUUCUACCAGGCCUACGCGUCAUUGGCGACACCAUUGAAACCUUUAUCUCCGUUUCAGACUUGUACGAGCCCCUGGAGGACGGCAAGCAGAGCAGGUGCUUUAUCAGCAACAGCUAUGAUGCCGCCACACAUUUUGAAAGCGCCGCGGCGAAUAUCCUCGACCUCUUCCAACGCAUUUACGGAAAACCAUACGACUUUGACAGCAUGAAGCCGGCAAGAGAGGCGGGGUGA